AUGAUCACCAUCCAAGGGUGGGUGUCUGAUGCUGAAAACUGCAGUUAUGCAGCUUAUUCUUCAGCUUACAAGGAAAUUUUUGAACAUCUUGGCUUCGACAAGACUAACAUUCUAACGACGGACAUGCGGCCUGUAUACUGGAGCCCUACUACCGAUGUUUAUGUGGAUCUAUAUGUGACCUCCAUCAUAGAUGUGAAUGAAAAAGCCCAGAGCCUCACAACACAGGUCAAAAUUAUAACUGCUUGGUUUAAUGACCUGUUCUGGUGGUUCGAAGACUUUUGUGGAAUUCAAACAAUUCCAAUAAAAAAAGGAAUGCUUUGGACACCAGACAUACUCAUCAAAGAAAGCAUCAAGACAGAGUUUGGCACAAAGGAGUCUCCAUAUGUGCAGUUAAUCUGGUGGGAACUGUCAGUCUUAGUUGACAUUUUAUCUCUGACCACUGCUUGUAAGAUGGACCUGCACAGAUUUCCCUUUGACACACAAAUCUGCAAUAUAACACUUCACUCUGCAGUGCAUACAAAGGAGGAGCUUACAAUUAAUCCAAUCUCUGAUAAUAAAAGCCUUCUCCAUGACUCAAAGGAGUUCUUUCAGGCCCAGGGAGAGUGGGAACUCGUCAGUAUCGAUAUUUAUGAUUAUACAACCAAUCUUCUAUGGAAUUCACAGGAUCUGCUGAUCUAUCAGAUCACCAUCAAGAGGAGACCUCUACUGUAUGUUAUGAACAUUAUCCUACCAGUAUUUGUCUUCCUUGUGCUGGAUGUGAUGUCCUUCUUCAUAGACGCAAAUGGAACAGAAAAGUUGAGCUUUAAAGUAACUUUACUGCUGUCUGUUUCUGUGUUGCUGCUGAUUCUUAAUGACACGCUGCCCUCUACAGCUGAUAAAAUCCCACUGAUUGGGAUUUACUGCAGUGUGAUUUACAGUCUCAUUGGCAUCAGCAUUCUGGAAACCAUCCUUGUGAAUCUUCUGAAGGCUAAAGGAGCAGAGAAGAGAUCAGUGGAAACUACAGCUGCUAUUACUGGACGAGAUAAUGUAGGAGACCUGCAGAGCCCUCCAGACUCAGUCAGAGAUCAGAAUGGGAUGCAGAGAUCACUGUGCUGGACCAGAGUGGCAAGAAUCAUAGAUUUGACUUUCUUGAUUCUUUAUACAAUCACCAUUAUUGCAUUUCUGUCUGUUCUUGAGAGGAUUUGGUUUCCAUAG